UGGGAGUUUUCCUGCUUGGAAGUCCAGCUUGCCCUCCAUGACUAUAGUUCUGAAUGAGUCCCAAAUGCGUCAGAAAUGUGAAGCAAUAUAAUUAGUGAAUAGCAUCAAUUUCACUCAAGGUUCAUCUGUGGAGGAGGAGAGGGGAGGCAAAGGAGGAGGGGGAGGAGGAAGUGUGAAGGGAAGGGGGAGGAAUAAAAGGAGGGCAUUUCACAAAGAGAUAAUCCCUGUACAUUUGUGACAUCAUCCCUCUGCUUAUGUAUAUAUAGGGAAUCGUCCAGAGCUCCCCUCAUGGUUCAGUCACUUUCUAAAUCAGCUGAAGGCAAUAGGAAAAGAGAGAGACACACUCAUUUGCAGCUUCUCUCUCUGCCUCAUAUUUAUGGACUUUACUUACUAGAAGACUAAAGGAUGAUAGCAAGGAUGAAAAUUCAACUGAUCUGCCUGAUGUUUCUGACUUUCACCUCCCAGAGUCUGUGCUCAGAUUCAGAAGAGGAAAUGAAAGCCCUAGAAGCAGAUUUAUUGACCAAUAUGUACACAUCAAAGAUCAGCAAAGCAAGAUUUCCUCAUUGGAAAAUGACCUUGAUAAAUGUAUGCAACCUUGUCAACAACUUAAAUAGCCAAGUUGAAGAAACAGGGGAAACUGGUGAUGAUGAGCUUGUAAUGAGAAGACAGUUUUCGACUUUAGAUGGCUUUAACUUGGAAGCAAUGCUGACCAUCUACCAGCUUCAGAAAAUCUGUCAAAGCAGAGUCUUUCAACACUGGGAGCUACUCCAAGAUGAUAUUCUUGAAACUGGAAAUCUGAACCGUGAGAAAGAAGAAGUGAUGAAGAGGAAAACUCCUUAUAUCCUGAAGCGGCAAAUCCAUGUGAAUAAAGCCAGAAGACCCUACAUACUCAAAAGGAGUUCUUCCUAUUACUGAAAAGUGGGGAAAUAUCUAAUUUAGUUUAUGAGUAACUGUGCUUUAUUGUUUCUUUAAUUAAACAUAGAAGCAUAUUGGUGUGAAAAUUAUGUGACAAAAGAAAAGAAUAAUUUUGUCUCUUCUGCAGUUGUGGUUUCUUGAAUGUGAUUUUUUUUAAUCAAAAGAAUUGGAUUGAAAGGAUUCCAAAUAAAUCUCAUUUCUAAGCAUGA